AUGAGGUUCAGCUUUAGUGGUCUUCCAUUGGGCAUGCGCAGCUUGCCAGGCCCUGGCGUCGCCCUCGCAGCGCGAGGCAGGAUGCUGCUGGCGGUCACACGACCACCUGGCACGACAGACGAGGACGAUGAAUUGGAUUUCCGAUUGCUUGACGUGAGAGCAAGGAUCGAGAGGGCAGGUGGACUGUUACCCCUCAGUGAGGGGGCUCGCCUGCGCUGGAUCGGAAUCUCCACGGAUUUCGUCCCUUUGACGCUUGACACUUCUGGGGUGCUGCGCGCGCUUCUCGGGAUCGGUGCUGGCUCCUGGGGUGGAAACGGACUGAAUGCGGAGUGGACACCGGUCCUGUCCUUGGCAGACGAGGUGCCGUUGUGGGUGGUCGAUGCACCAGCUUGCAGCCUUUGUGUAGUGGAGCUCCUGGAGAACAGGGAGCCUUGGCCAAGACCCCAACAGGCUGAUGGUGAAGACGAAAAGUCCUGUCUGAUGCCCUUCUUCGGCGUGGGAGGAACCGUCUCUCCGCGCCGACUGCCUUGGCGGAUGACCAUGGGAUCCUUCCCUGCCGCCGGCGAGCAAAUCGAGGCCACAUUCCGUGAGCAGCUGCUUCUCAGGCACUUCCAGGACAUGCUUAAGAUGGACAUGCUUAGCGAGCAGCAGCGACAGGAGGCCGAAGCCUUGGCGAAGAGAAGCAAGAGUGGGGUGCUGAAGCUCUUCACGCAGCUCGCCAAAUCUGACGAAGUGGAGCGAGCUCAUCAUGUCGCGGGGAUGUACCUCGCGAAGAUGGAAGGCACGGCGAAGGUCCUGGAGAUGGCCCGCACUCUCGCCGAGAAGGCCAAGCAACACAAGCUUGCGGAUGAGAUCGCGGCUUUGCUACGACCUGCAGCGUCAGUGCCGCGGGUUGAGCUUCCGCCGCUUUUCAAGCCAGGCGAGUUCGAAGACGCAGGCCAACAAAGGGCCGAGACUGCCGAGAGGUCGGACCCAAUGCCUACAGGCAGCCGAAGUCCGGAAAGGCUGCAGACAGAUGCCCAGGCCGAGGAGCUUCGCGCUUCGGCCGCCAUGCCAACAUCCCACCGUUCCGCAGCACCCAGCGCACCGAGCGCACCCAGCGCACCCAGCAAUCCCUUCGCACGGAAGCGACCAGGAACGGUCGCGGGGGGCCGCCAGCCCGCGACUCCAAUGGCGAGCGGGGCCAAUCCAAGCUCCAAGAUUGCCCGCUUGACGUGA